AUGUCAGGUUUCCCAUCUCUCCAGCCCGCUUUCACAGUCCGCGUCGACAUCGAUGCGCCGAUGCAAGUUGGAGGCCAGCAUGGCGCGCAGCUGGUCAUCGUUCCAAUGGUUUCCGGUACGGUGAAGAGUGAAGAGGGCUUUGAGCCGAAGUUGGAUGGAGAACUACAUGGUGUUGGCUACGACUACAUUCACAAUGAUGCCGACGGCGGAAACAUGCGCUUGGACGUGAGGAGUCAAGUCAAGAACCACGACGGCACAGUUCUGGCGAUGUAUUACAAAGGUACUGUGAAGCUCACGCAGGGAGUCGGCAAAGUGCUGUCUGGUGCUCCCGAUGCUAAGACAACUGACUAUGGCGAUUCAUUUGUCAACUUCUCUUUCGAGACGGGAAAUGAGAAAUACAAGGAACUUCAGAAUGGAACCUAUGUUGCCGCGGGCCAUUUCGUAACGGGUGAAGGCAAGCCGGGCGUUGUGGUGGAGUACAAGGUCAGUAAGGUUGUGUACAACGUCAGCCAGGGCAAAAUGUAG